AUGUGCAACUGCAACAUUAUUCUUUACUUAGUACUACCAUUUUUCCUACUACUUUCCAGCUUUUCUCUAAGAUGCAAUGCGGUGCAGAGUGACAUCCAUUGUUUGAAAUCGAUAAAAGAAUCGUUGGUAGAUCCUUUAAAUAAUUUUGCUUCAACGUGGAAUUUCGAUCAGCUGACAGUAGGAUUCGUUUGCAGAUUUACGGGAGUAGAAUGUUGGAAUGAUAAUGAGAACAGAGUUUUAGGCAUUACACUUCCAAACAUGGGACUAAUUGGCGAGUUUCCACGAGGCAUUCAGUAUUGCUCUUCUUUAACUUCUCUUGAUCUUUCAAACAACAAGCUAGAUGGAUCCAUCCCUUCUGAUAUAUCAAACCUAAUCGCAUUUGCUGUACAUAUUGAUCUCUCGAGCAACCAAUUUUCAGGCGCGAUCCCACAUAUCAUUGCAAAAUGCUCUUUUCUUAUUGUCCUCAAAUUAGACAACAAUAAACUAGAAGGUCCGAUCCCACCUGAAAUUGGCUGGUUAGAUCGACUCAAGACGUUUGACGUUACCAACAACAUGUUGAUAGGGCCAGUGCCAAGGUUUAUUAAUGCCACUUUUCCAGCUGAAAGUUAUGCAAAUAAGCCAGGACUUUGUGGUAGUCCUCUGAAAGCAUGUGCUAAAAUACUCGUAUGGAACAGUCAUUCUAGGUUUGUUUGUGGUUUUGUGACGGGUUGGUCACUUUUUACUUUACUUGGUAUAUAUCUUUUUUUCUUUGGUUUACCUGGUGUAAAUAAGAUGCUUCUAUUCAUCAACAAGAGAACAAAGAUUGAUGGAAAUGAAUGGCCUCAACGACAAGAUCAAGUAAACAACGACCCAAAGAUUUUAAAGAUGGAGAAGAUUGUUACAAGAAUGAGUUUUAUGGAAUUAUCAAAAGUAACUUCAAAUUUCAGCCAGGACAAUGAAAUCGGGAAUGGAAUGCUGGGGAAAGUGUACAAAGCACUGGUUCCAAGUGGAUGGACAGUUGCCAUAAAGAGACUCCAAAGUUCCGUGGAUUUGGAGGAAGAGUUUGUUUCCGAGAUCACAACUCUAGGUAGUUUGAGGCAUCCGAAUUUGGUGCCUCUAAUUGGCUUUUGUUCUGAGAGGGACGAGCGACUUCUGGUUUACAAAUACAUGCCUAAUGGGAACUUACAUGAGUGGCUGCAUUCAACCGACGACAAGGCAAGACUCUUGGACUUUCCUCUAAGGGUUAAAAUUGUUUUAGGUGUCGCGAAAGCCCUGGCUUGGCUGCAUGAUGGUGGAAAUUUCCAUGCUGUGCAUGGUAACAUAAGCACACAAUGUAUCUUGCUCGAUGAAAAUUUUGAUCCCAAGUUAUCCAAUUUUUGGGAGGCAACACUUGCAAAAACAAAUGACAUAGAUUCAAACUUGAGUCUAUUUCCAAUAGUUGAGUGUUUAGACUUUACAACUUAUAAAAAAGAUGUCUAUCGAUUUGGGGUUGUGCUUCUCGAGCUUUUAACGAGGAAAGAAUCUUACAUAUUGAGCUGCUCGAGUCUAAAUUUGUCGAGCAGCUCUUUUGCCAGUCCUCUUGAUGUGGAUAAACUACUGUUAGGCCAAGGAUUUGAUAAUAUGGUAAUGCAGCUGCUUGAACUUGCAAGUAACUGCAUGAAAUUUAUUCCGGAUCAAAGGCCAACGAUGCAACAAGUGUAUCAGACUGUUGCUGCAAUUGCUCGAGUCCAUGACCAAACAGGGGAUUCUGAAAUACAAUUGCACUUGGACUAGAAGCAGGGGCGGAGCCACCAAAGGGACGUAUAGCUUUGGC